UGAGCGAGCGCUGCGAGCGUGGUGGUGACUGGCGGUGGUGAGAGGAGCAGUAGAUUGAAAAUGGCCGUGUACGUGCCUAGCUCAGCCGCAGAGAUCGCCGAUCCCCGCGUGAGAUAGCUCCUGCCGCGGGCCCGCGCGACGGAACGCAACCUGCACGCGCGUGUGUAAAUAGUGUGUGCCGUCGCUCGUCGAUCUCCGUCUCUCCUCUCUCUCUCUUUCUCUCUUCCUCCCUCCCUCCCUCUCCCUCUUUCCUAUGAACAGACCCCGCAAAACGAGACGACGCACGGCGUCGACCAGCUAGCGGCUACAUUCCGGCGGAUUUCGCAGCGGUAGAACGCAGAGGGGCGGAGGAGGAGGGGAGCGAUCAUCGUGUCCAGAGAUCCCCGGGACUGGAGUCCGGACCCUCGUCCUGUCACCGAUCGCAGAAGUCGACCCGACGUUCCCCGGCGCGUCUGAUUAGCGAAGACCGUCAGCGAUGGGUUGUCGCACUCCUCUUGUCCGUGCCCGCGGUGGUCCGAGUCCCGCGACGAUAAUCGAUUAGGAAGUGCGGCCUAUAAGAGAUUCACAAAGAUGCGGGAGUGGUGCGGCACGGUCCCCUGGUGUCCAGCAGGGAUCUAAGGAGAACGAACAUCUCCGCGCCUUCGAAGAACUUGAUACAGGCCGACGUGUUAAAAUAAUGCGGACUACGUAAAGUGACAUUGUUUUAAGUACCACACAUACCACACACAUUUGCAGUGCUGAGAAAAAUAGUUACUGAGCUCUUUUGAGCGCCGACUAUAUAGUUAUAUUUUACUACAGAUUUAAUACGGUUGUUGAUAGUUUACACCUUGUACAGCGGGGGAGAGCGUUUGUUAAGGCUUUUUUUUCCGCAACAGUGUGUUCAAAUUGCAAUAAUAAUAGUCCGGUUUGAGUACACAUUUUCGCGAGUGCGUGUUUCAAUAUACAACUACCAAAAUGUCGUUCCUGUCGAAUCUGCGGAAGGCCUUCCACUUCGGUGGCAAUGAUGCGAAGAAGAAGAAGUUGUACAAUAACAUCAAGAUGGACUGCAAUCCGGAAGAGUUUUGGGAGAUGGUGGGCGAACUGGGUGACGGCGCGUUCGGUAAAGUUUACAAGGCACAGCACAAGCAGUCCAACCAGCUUGCCGCCGCGAAAAUGUGCGCGCUGGAGGGAGAGGACGAUCUUAGCGAUUUCAUGAUCGAGAUAGACAUUUUGUCGGAGUGCAAGCAUCCCAAUAUCGUUGAACUACACGAGGCUUACUUUAUUGAGGGAAAAUUAUGGAUGUUAAUUGAGUAUUGCGACGGCGGUGCUGUGGAUUCCAUAAUGGUCGAGUUGGAGAAGGCACUAACAGAAAUGCAAAUAGCAUACAUCUGCCAGCACAUGACGAAAGGUCUUAUCUUCCUACACAAGUCCAAAAUCGUACACAGGGAUUUGAAGGCGGGAAAUGUCUUACUGACUAUGGCGGGGGGUGUUAAAAUAGCUGACUUUGGCGUGUCCGCAAAAAACAAGCAUACUCUGCAAAAGCACGAUACGUUUAUCGGAACCCCCUACUGGAUGGCACCCGAGGUUGUCUUGUGCGAAACGUUCAGGGACAAUCCUUACGAUUUUAAAGUGGACAUUUGGUCUCUUGGUAUAACUCUAAUAGAGUUUGCACAAAUGGAACCACCGAACCACGAAAUGUCGCCGAUGCGUGUGCUACUUAAAAUACAGAAAGGCGAUCCGCCGAAACUGGAUCAGCCCGGGAAAUGGAGUAAGGAAUUUAAUGAUUUUAUUGCUAAAGCACUUAUAAAGGACCCGACCUCACGACCCACAGCUGACGAUUUGUUAAAGCAUCCGUUUAUAAGCCGAAAUUUAGAUCCAAAGCCUAUCAGGGACUUGUUACUUGAAUAUAAGGCGGAUGUGGUCGAAGAAGAGCUGGUAGAUGAGGAAGCGGAGGAGCAGCGCACGUCUCAGCUUCCUCUGGAGUUGGAUCAAAUCACAGAUGACUCCGCACCCACGCGUCUUGAUGCUGAUGUUAAGAUUCCCGAGAAAGAAAAUCUCGUGGCAGUGAAGAAAGAGGAGAGCCACAAGCGCGAGAUGAAUCGGGACGGUGAGAAGGAGGACAAGAACAAGAGAUUGCGUAAGGCUGAGUCCAAAGAGAACAUACAGCCGCCUCCUGUCGAGAAGAAGCAGGCACCUAAGCCACCGAGCGAGACGAGUGAGCGCAGAUUAUCUCGAGAUAAAGGGCCGGCGCCCCCGCCGCCGCCCAUGCGUCAAGAUAGCGAGGAGAAGCGGAAGAGGGACGAGGAGCGAGAGAACAUUCCGAAAACCGUCGAGAAAGUCGUAAACCUGGCGGACAAACAGAAAUCUACGGAGGACAGGCCGCAUACCGAUAAGUCGUCGCAGAACGAAAAGGUGGCGGAUCAACGGGUGACAAAUCUCAAGGAGCAAAAGAACUUGGAGACUGAGGAUCAGACGAAAAAUGAAUUGGACAGUUCCGAGAGGGUGAAGAAGGUGGAGAGCGAGGGCAACGGCAAAUUGUUCGAUAAUAUAAGAAAAUUCGAGAGUCAGCAGAAGUUGAUGAACAAUAAGUCGAGUUCCGCCUCGAAGAAACAAUUGGGGAUCAAUGAGAAGCGCAAGUCGGCGCCCGUGAAGCCAGAGAUGAUCGAGGACUUGUCCAAGAUAAUAUACAAGCAGUCAUCUUUUGAGGAUAAGAACAGAAUGAAAAAUAAGCUGUCGUCCGUUGACGACGUAACGAAUUACGAAUUGCAAUCUCGGGACAAGGAGGUUUACAAGAGCUUGGAUGAGAAGCGGAAGUCCGUCGGGGAGAAAUUGAACGCCGUGUUGGAGAAGCGAUUGUCCAUGGACGCUAAGAAAAGAAUAAGCGACGGUUCUGUGGACACGCUGAAGCACAUAUCCGUCGCGUCGACGCUCCUGUCGGAGAAGAAUAACGUCAGGGCUAGUUCCACGGAGGACAUCAAGACGCAGUUUGGCGUAACGAAGACUGAGACCCACGCGAAGAGUCGCAGCGCGGGAUCGUCCAGAAAUGAUUCUCUGGAGAGCUUCCCGAAUGAGUUGCACGCUAAAAUGGAUAGCAGUAAGACGGAUUACAAUCAGGAGGACGACGACAAGGGCUUGGAGAGGCAGGAUCCGGGAAUUAACGUGUCGGUGAUUACGUCGACGCCGAUCAGAAGCAGGAGCGGUUCGAGGAGAAGCAGCGGGGACAACAUAGUCGUUAUUACUGGAAAAGCUCAACCCGAGCAGGAAGUACGCUUAAAUACAUCAACCGUCCACAUCACUACCGAUACGCCAGAUAUGUCGAACAGUCUAGCGAGUAACAUAAGCCAAGUGACCGUCGUGACCACGCAUCCGCCCGUAUUGGUGGACGCGCCCUCGACGACGGCCGCGGCGACGACGGCGCCUCUUCCGCGCCGCACCUCGCCGACGUCGGAGGUCGUUAUCGUCGCCAACGAGAUGAACAAGACUCAGGUGAACGAUAAUUCUAUCGACGACGACGCGUUUCCUAGUCUGGACAGUCUGGAAUACACGCCGCAGGAACAGCCUAUCGUACUUACCGACGUGUCCAAGAGAAUCGGCAAGAAGCUGGACGAGUCGGAGGUGGUCAUAGUGAGCCCGAUCGUGGACGAGUUGCAGGACACCAGUCAUGUCUCGGUGGUCACCGUCGGCGAGGACAAGGAGCGGGUGAAGGACUCGUCGAGAUCCAAGAAGCACCACGUCGUUCGUACCGGCUCGUCUCACAGCGAUCUGAGCUCGAACGAGCGAUCGAGCCUGAGGAGCGACAGCGGGGACGAGAGCGGCAAGGUGAUAGUCGCCAGCACGACCGUCGAGUCCCCGGAUAUAGACGACUACGAGAGAAACGCGAAGAAGCUGAACGGACUGAUCAAAAACGAGAUGCCGCAUCACGCCGACGAUAGGAUCGUGAAGGCGGUCCGACCGAAGGAGAUUAACGUCAAGAGUUUCAGUAAGGAGAAACGAGUCUCCCCGGACAGCUUCGAGGGCUCCAGAUCCCAGAGCGAUUCCAGUUCUAUAAGAUCGCACACGCCGAGCAAGAGCAUCGAUCGUUCCGACGCCGAGUCCAUCUCGACGACGAUCAGCCAGGACAGCAGGGAAUCGAACAAGGAAAAUCGUCUGAAUCAACCGCAACAUCCGGAGGUGAGCGAGGAGGUCGUCCUACGUCGAAAGCCCGAUUACAAUCGCGAGAUGUCCCGGCCGACCAGAACGAAGGAGGACAUACAGAUGAUGAAUCUGAAGAAGAAGACGAGGAAGCGCACGAGGAAGUUCGAGAUCGACGGCGUCAUGAUGACGACGACGACCUCGAAGGUGAUAUACGGCGACGACGAGAACGGCAAGAUAUACGACGAUCAGAUAUUCAGGAAGCAGGAACUGCGGGAAUUGAAGAUGCUACAGAAGAUGGAGCAGAAGCAGUACCAGGAUCUGUCUCAGAAGGCUCAGUUUAACAAGGACCAGCAGGAGAAGCGAUUCGAGCAGGAGCGACAGAUCCUGGAGCGGAGUGCCGAGGCGGAUUUGGAGGCACUAGCCCGGCAGCAGCGACAGCAAAUCGAGCGCGCCGAGGCGCAGCAGGAGGUCGACCUGCGACUGUCGUCCAAGAAGAUCCGCAGCGAGCAGGAGAGGGAGCUCAAGCUAUUCCGCGAGGGCCUGAAGCAGGAGUUAAGAUUGCUCAAGCAAGAGAUAGACUUGAUGCCAAAGGACAAGAGGAAGAGCGCGUUCAAGAUACGGAAGGAGAAGCUCGAGGCGGAGCACGAGGAGCGGGAGAAGCUCUUCCUGGAGAAGCUCAACGAGAGCCACGAGAUGUCGCUGAGACGACUGUCGGACAGCCAUCGCGAGAAGAUUGCGCUGAUGGAGCGGCAGUUCUUGCAGCAGAAGCAGCAGCUGAUGCGCGGCAGGGAGGCGGCGAUCUGGGAGCAGGAGGAGCGGCAGAUACACGAGCGGCAGCAACUGCUCAAGAAACAGCUCAAGGACAUCUUCUUCCUGCAGAGACAUCAGAUGCUCAUACGGCACGAGAAGGAGCUGGAGCAGAUGAAGCGGAUGAAUCAGCGGAAGGAGGAGGAGCUGAUCAAGCGGCAGACGGUGGAGCGUAGGAACCUGCCGAAGAGGAUUCGCAACGAGAUGAAGGCGCGCGAGAUGAUGUUCCGCGAGUCGAUGAGGAUCUCGAUGUCGUCCGUCCUCGCGCCGGAUCCCGACGCCGAGCGGGAGAAGCUGAAGAAGUUUCAGGAGAACGAGAAGAAGAGGUACAGGGCGGAGCAGCAGAGAUUCGAACUGAAGCAUUCCAGGCAGCUCGAGGAGGUCAGGGCUCAGAGCGACGCCACGAUCAAGGAGCUGGAGCAGUUGCAGAACGAGAAGCGGAAGAUGCUGAUGGAGCACGAGACGCUGAAGCUGAAGGAGCAGGAGGAGGCGUACGGGCGAGAGAUCCGUGAAUGGAAGGCGCUGCUUAAGCCACGAAAGCAGAAACUUGAGGAGCAGUUCGCGUUACAAUUAGAGGAGCAGGAGACGAUUUACGGGCCUAGCGCGAUACCACUGUGCUUGCCGGCUGAUCUUCCUGAUCUGACACACCACACGACUGAGUCUACGCGUAGCUCGCUGUCUUCCGUGAGCGAGGGCUGAGCGCGUUCGAGGAUACGGGAAGGCUCUUGUACAAUCCGCGUAGCUACGCGUACGUCCUUAGAUCCGAGCGUCUUUAAUUGAAAUGCACGGGACGAUCGGUGUCAUCUUCACCGAUCGUCACCGACUAUUUGUACAUAUCGCGAUAAUCCUCGUUUUGGAACUGAAUAUUAAAUAAUUUUUACCUUUACGGUGCGGCUGUUGUUUGUAUGUAUGAAUAAUCGAGCCGCCGGGAACAACCGGCCGGCGGUUGUAAUAACAACGGUAUUUCGAAAUUUUUUUUACACGUCGCAUUUUGUAAUUUCGCGGAUAACGUUGGGAUCAGUGUCGUCCUACAGUCGCGGCGUCCCUGAAUUAAAAAUGUUCAAUUUUGAGAUUUGUCGUUGAAACCAGGAGCGCCGAUCUUUGGUACGACGAAGUGUAGAGCUUCCGAAUUCUGAGUAUUUCGCGUAUUUAUUACUGCGGAAAUCAGAGUUCACGCGAAAAAUAUGUUGCCUAAAAAAAAAAUUAAUAAAUAUCUGUACAGAUUGUUAUGUAAUUUAUAUAUUGCGAUGUAACGACACACGCAUUGGUAAAACUGAAAUUAAUCCGCCCAUGUCUGAUCUUGGAAUCUUGUUGUUACAAUGCGAGACAAGCACUGAUAUUCCUUAGAUCGUGGAAAGUGAAAAUGUAACGAGCCUUUUGUGCGCAUUAUGUACGCACUAUCGCCCAUAAUUCUAAUGGAUUGUACAAGUAGUAGAAAAACGAAAUCUAUAAUAUCGAUUCAAGAAUAAUUGGAGAUAAUUCAAUGAACAUUACCUCAAUUAUUUAAAUUUAGAAUAAUAAUUGCAAUUAAUAUACAACAAAAACGACAGUUAAUUGUUCUAAUAAAUUAUUACUUGUGUCAACAGUAUGAACACGUGCUUAGUUUUUAAAAUUGUGAACCAAAGCAUAAAAUAUCUGUUAUAAUUAUGAGCGAUAGUGUAUGUAUCGUAUAACAGUUAACUUCGUUAACGCGUCGGUGCAAUUAGUAAUAGUUUUGAGGGAGGAUAGCUGUGUUGUGUAUGUAUGUUUAUAGAAGGCGAGAAAGAGAGUAUGUAAUGAUUUUACGGCUAUACAUAUACAAUUUACACAGGCACGGAAUGUAUAUUUUCUAUAUUUUAAAGAAUUAUAUCCGUAUACCAAUCAAUUCAAUUCGCGAUCGAGUGAGCGGAGGGGCGUAAAGAAAAAUUUUAUAGUGUUGCGUGUAAUUAUACGAUGGCGGUAGGCGCGGCAGAAUGAUGCAAAUCACGGAAUUUAUUUUAAUCAUGAUUUCGAGGUAUUAUUAUUAUUAUAUCCAUAGAAUCGUUGAAUGUACAUGGUAAAAGUUCAUGUAACGAUGUUAGGCUGUAGUCACCAUGUUCGGUUAUAGUUACGUUAUUUAUAACAAAAGGAAGAGUUUAUAGUAGCAACGCGAGUAUUCUACUUCAGACGAAUAUUUUAGCGAAUAUCCGGUAAACACUCGGAUUACUUUGUUCCUUGGAUCGCUUUCGAUAUUUUUUUUUUUCUCCAAUACGGAAAACGAUACGAUAUUAUGCGUUUGAAAUCAUCAGUUCGUACAAAAUCGUACAAAUGCGAAAAAAUAUGUAUUCCCAAAUUUAACGACAUUGCACGACAUUGUCUAUCACGCCAUUAUACGUUUCAAUGUACAAUUUCACAAUUCUCCGAAACACAUGUAAUUGUACGUUUAAAUUUGAACGCAUUAUUUGAAAAUGAGAAACUGCCAUUUAUAAAGCUAAAAAACGACGUUUAUGAAAGACGCUUCAAGAAAAAAAAAGCCGCUUUUGUGGGAAACACUUCGCACUGAUAACGAAUACGAUGCUGCUACUUAUGGAUAGGGUAUGAUAAUUAUUACGUGAUUAUAUUAAUGAGAAACAAAGUAAUCUAGUUUUACAUUGUACUAAAAAUCAAAGGAUAACACCAAAUAUAUAUACACAUCGUACGUUUGCAUGGCUGUGUAGCCUGAUGACGUCCUAGAGAAUCUCUCUUACGAUACAAUGCAUACUUAAAACGAGCAUGCGUGGCUAAUGCAAGCUGUAGAUAAAAGAGUACUUGUAAAAAAAAAGGAACACCUUUUUUUAUUGUAAAUUAAUCUCGCUGCGAAGUCGAUUAGUUUUUCAAUGUAUAUAUGCGGAAUGUCUUAGACUCACCGAAUCUGUUUUUCAAUGGAUUUAAAAAAAAAAAGAUAAAUGAACUCGUUUACGAAGGUGUGUAUGUGUGUGUGUGUGUGUGUGUGUCUGUAUGUAUGUGUAAGACUGAAAGAAAAUGCGACGGAGACGAAAGACAUCCUGCAUAUAUGAACAUAAUUAUUCGGAGAGUUUCGUGUACAUAGGAUUCUGAUAAAUUGUUUAAAUAUUAAGGAACUGUAAUCUAGUAUAAAUAUCAUGUUACAAUGAUUCAUUGAAGAGCAAAUUUCUUUCCUUCUUCAAUAAAACUCUACCGUGCA